GCGGUCGGUGGCGGCCCCAGGUGGGUGCGGUGCGCGGGCAUGAAGCGGCAGCGCGACCCCCGACUUUGCAUCUGGACUUCUCUGGUAACGGACCACCUUCUUCUGCCGGCCGGGCCGGGGAGACCGCGUGGCUCAGGGGCUGCGGCGGCCACCGGCCCGGGCGUGGGCGCUUUAGGGCGGUCGGUCACCCGGCUUUCGCGGGCCGCAAGCUCGGAGACGCGCGUGUUCCGCGUUGGCUGCCUGACCCGAAAUGGCGCAACCCCGUCAUCUCCAGCGCGCUGGUCGAAAGUAUCCGAGCCACCCUCGGGGACGGCGGGGCCGAGGCCACCUAGCGGGGGCGGCCUUGGGCGGGGACCCGGAACCGCGGCUGGGCGCUCGCCUCGGAGGGCAAUGUCCCCUCUCCGACCCCGCGGUCCCCACCAGGGCAGCACACCCCGCCCUCUCCCCGCCUCCGCAGGCGCCCAGGGCUCACAGGCUCGGAGCGGCCUCCGCCUCUGCCGGACCACCCAGGGCCGCCCCGCCGGAGAGGCCUCCCCGCCCCCGAGCUCUGGGUCACGCCCGGAAGGCCCGGGGCCCCCGCGUCCGGCCACGCCAUCCGCCCGGCGGCCCCAGGGACUCAGCGCCGGGUUCAGCGCAGGCCCCGCCCAGCACUCCCGCCCCUCCAACUGCCCGGCCCCCGGGACCGCGCCCCCGCCCGCGCUCUCCACGCUCGCACCCUUAUGGGGAGGGCGGCCCGGGGUCCCCCAGCUCCGGGCCGCGGCCCCUCGGCGCGCGUUACCUGGACGUGCGCUGCCCGCAGACUCUGGACGAGCUGGGCCUGGGCGUUGCGCGGCGGAACCGACCCUGCCUGGACCGCAGGCAGCAGCUGACCCCGCGCCACCGGUCUGCGGGCGAGACCUCGGGCGCCGCGGGCUCCUGCCAGCCGGUUCUCCCAAAGGGGUUUUGCUCCCUGGUGCCACAGGAGGCCCCGGAGCCUGCGGCAGGCGGGUUUCUGUGGUCAGAGCCUCCCGGCCGUGGCCUCUGCUGCCAGUCCCCCCCGGUGGUGUGUGCCCAUGCCAAGGGCACAGUGGGUGCCUUGGCCAUCCCUGCCUCUGCCCUGUGCUGCAGCUUGCUGAGCGAGAGCGAGAAGCGGCCCUUCGUGGAGGAGGCAGAGCGGCUUCGCGUGCAGCACAAGAAGGACCACCCCGACUACAAGUACCAGCCACGGCGCAGGAAGAGCACCAAGGCCGGCCAGAGCGACUCGGACUCCGGUGCGGAGCUGGGACCCCACACUGGCGGCGGUGCCGUGUACAAGGCCGAAGCAGGGCUUGGAGAUGCGCACCACCACGGCGACCACACAGCCUGGCCGGCCCCACCCGCCCCACAGAAGCGGCAUUCAUCCCUGAAGCCUGCUCUCCUGUCCCCAGGGCAGACCCACGGGCCGCCCACCCCACCCACCACCCCCAAGACGGAGUUGCAGCAGGCGGGCGCCAAGCCGGAGCUGAAGCUGGAGGGACGCCGGCCGGCAGACAGCGGGCGCCAGAACAUCGAUUUCAGCAACGUGGACAUCUCGGAGCUCAGCAGCGAGGUCAUGGGCACCAUGGAUGCCUUCGACGUCCACGAGUUCGAUCAGUACCUGCCCCUGGGCGGCCCCGCCCCACCCGAGCCCGGCCAGGCCUACGGGGGCGCCUACUUCCACGCCGGGGCGUCCCCCGUGUGGGCCCACAAGAGUGCCCCAUCAGCCUCCGCGUCGCCCACCGAGACGGGUCCCCCACGGCCGCACAUCAAGACGGAGCAGCCGAGCCCCGGCCACUACGGUGACCAGCCCCGAGGCUCGCCCGACUACGGUUCCUGCAGCGGCCAGGCCAGCACUGCCCCGGCCGCCCCCACCGGCCCCUUCACCGGCGCACAGGGUGACUACGGCGACUUGCAGGCCUCCAGCUACUACGGAGCCUACCCUGGCUACGCGCCCGGCCUCUACCAGUACCCCUGCUUCCACUCGCCGCGCCGGCCCUAUGCCUCGCCCCUGCUCAACAGCCUGGCCCUGCCGCCCUCCCACAGCCCCACCAGUCACUGGGACCAGCCGGUGUACACCACCCUGACCAGGCCCUGAGGGCCCGGCUGCAGGGAGGGACUCGCCGGCAUUGGGGGGCAGCCUUGUCCUGGCCUGACAGGAUGGCCCGGCCUCCAAGGCCUCCCAGUGUGUAUGGCCAGGGCAGGCGGGCCGUGGUGGCUGAGCUCCGUCAAGUGCCUGCUGAAGUCUGCAGGGAAAUGUGCUUGCCUCCCGUGGCCCUCGGCCUCCAGAUGGCCACACCUCCGCCAACGGACGAGCUCUCUCUCCCUUCUCUCUUUCUUUUUGAGGUGGCGGGAUGAUUCCACAAAGAAGGGCCGCCGUUUGGUGCCUCUUCUGUGAGGACUGGCGGCAACAGCACCUUCGGUUUGCAUCUCGGUAGAGGAGAAACGGCAGCACAGCCCAAGGACCAAAGGAGGGGGUGGCAGGGGCCUUGCAGGUCGCUCUGAGGUCCAGGCUGGCCUCGGUGCUGAGAACCCCUGCACGCGUGGCCACAUUCCCUCGACGACGGCUGCACGGGCUGUCUGGGAUCCAGGGUGUCUGUCUGCAGACCCUCUGGGACGUGUCUGCUCCAGCAUCUCCGGGACCCGCCUGUCAGAUCUGAGGCGUCUCCUUGCUGGCAGAGUGCGCCCACGCAAGGUCUGGCUGGGAUUAACACAUCUCUCUUUUAUUUUUAUGUUUUUGAUAAUUUUUAUUUUUGAAGCUUAAAUGUGUUUUUUUUGAAAGCUGUUAAAGAUGUAUUUAUGUUCUGUAUUAUUUUAUCUUUAAUUAAUUAGGUAAUUUGGGCAAAGAGUAGAAUUUAAGAGAAAACAGAAGCUGGGAGGCUUCCCUCGAGGGCAGGCAGGAGGUGGGGUUGCAGCUGUUGGCCGGCAUCACAUUGCUCAGCUUCUGGGAGGCCGCCCUGGAAGGCCUGGAGGUCCCAAGGUCCCUGGGAGGACUGGGCCCCUCAUGCCUCCAGCUUGGCAGCUGAAAACCCGAGGGAGGAGAAGGGACUUGCCUUGUGGCAUCUCUGAUCAGGUUGGGGUGCCCAGCACCCAGUAUCAGUUUGGGGUUUAGGAAGCAGGACUCUGUCCCUGCCCACGACUGUGCCACGUGGUAGGACACAUAGGACACAGGAAUUUCUGGGUCCCUGCCCACGACUGUGCCACGUGAUAGGACACAGGACCCAGGAAUUCCUGGGAAGUGGUAGCUUCAGAAGUGAUCUUGGCUCGCAGGCUCCAAUGCCACGUACCAAGCUGUGAAACUAAACCUUCUCCACUAAACGUCGUUAGGGCCUUAGUUCUUGACGAAUAAUACCUGAUUUACCUGCACUGCUCCCCUGUGUGCCGAGCACAGAGCAUACGAUAGCGCCUACUUCACGCAAACUUGUGCCUUUAAACUUUGUAAAUUUAAAUACACCCGAGAAGUUGCUUCUUUUUACUUUUUCUACUUUUCCUACCUUUUUGUAGAAAAAAAAAAUAAUGUCUCUGCUUCUCUUUCUCUGGGAGUGGGGGCAGGGAGCCGCCGCAGACCUGUUUUAUGCAGCGUCUCCCUCGGCACCGCGUUCGGAGGACGCACCCUCACUCGCCUGCUGCCUUCGCUUCUUUCUGACCAACGCUAACUUUUGUACAGAUCGAUCUGAUAAAAUUAAACAAAGUGCUUUUUAUG